CAUUUCACUCUGAUUCUCUGGUUUUUAAAAACCACCUCAGAGAACUCACCGGCGACUACCACUCGUCGGCGGCGAUCAUCGGAAAUCCAUUAUACCUUGCCGGAGAAACUACCGUACGAUCAAACAGACGGCGGCGGCGUACCUUCACUAGUGAAAGAGUUCAGUAAUUGAAAAGAUGGAUUCCAGACGGAGAAUCGUCAGAUCUUUAUGGACUAUAUCGAGUAAUUUUCUACUAGCAGCGAUAUUAGUUUCUGCUGAGAGAAACUUGAAGAAUUCAAGCUAUGUUGCUGAUGAAUCUGGAUCAACAAAUUAUCUCACUAACGUAUACAAUUUUCUAUGGCAAGCAGAUGAUUCUGGUUAUCAACAUGUUUGGCCUGAAAUGAAAUUUGGAUGGAAAAUUAUUGUGGGUAGCAUAGUUGGAUUCUUUGGAGCAGCAUUUGGAAGUGUAGGUGGUGUUGGUGGUGGAGGCAUAUUUGUUCCUAUGCUAAGCCUAAUUAUUGGAUUUGAUGCUAAAUCAGCCACUGCUAUAUCAAAAUGUAUGAUUAUGGGUGCAGCAGGCUCAACUGUCUACUAUAAUCUCAAAUUGAGGCAUCCUACAAUAAAUAUGCCCAUUAUUGACUAUGAUCUCGCACUUCUUGUCCAACCAAUGUUAAUGCUUGGCAUUAGUAUUGGGGUCGCAUUCAACGUUAUUUUUGCAGACUGGAUGGUCACGGUUCUGCUUAUUAUUCUCUUUAUUGGCACUUCAACAAAAGCCUUUCUUAAAGGACUUGAAACAUGGAAGAAAGAAACAAUCAUGAAAAAGGAAGCUGCUAAGAGACUUGAAACCAGUGGCAAUAAUCAAGAGGGAGCUGAAUACAAGCUUCUUCCUAGUGGCCCAAAUAACGGGUCUGUGGCCAAAGGCUCUGACGAAACCGAGGUUAGUUUGAUCGAGAACGUUUGCUGGAAGGAACUUGGGCUCCUUGUUUUCGUUUGGAUUGCAUUUCUCGCAUUGCAGAUUCUGAAAAACAACACGACUACUUGUUCGGUUGAAUAUUGGGUAUUAAACCUGUUACAGGUUCCGGUUUCUGUUGGUGUUAGUUUAUACGAGGCAGUCAGCUUAUACAAGGGUAGAAGAGUAAUUGCAUCAAAAGGAGAGGAUGGAACUAACUUCAAAAUACACCAAUUGGUUAUCUAUUGUUCAUUUGCAAUAUUAGCAGGUAUAGUAGGAGGCCUUCUCGGUUUAGGCGGAGGAUUCAUUUUAGGACCCAUGUUCUUGGAACUAGGUGUCCCUCCCCAGGUUUCGAGUGCAACCGCCACUUUUGCAAUGACCUUCUCUUCGUCAAUGUCUGUUGUCGAAUAUUACCUUCUCAAACGUUUCCCCGUUCCAUAUGCUGCUUAUUUUAUCGUCGUGGCUACGAUUGCUGCCUUUAUUGGACAACAUGUUGUAAGAAGAUUGAUCAUUAUUCUCGGAAGAGCUUCUUUAAUCAUAUUCAUUCUUGCAUUGACAAUCUUCAUAAGUGCAAUCUCAUUAGGUGGAGUUGGCAUAUCCAAUAUGAUUGGAAAGAUCGAGGGACACGAGUACAUGGGUUUCGAGAAUCUAUGCAAAUACGGCGAUUAAUGAGACGGAAUCUUGUCGUGUAAAUUGCUUUAUAUAGUUGGAUAUGAGCAAACUUCUCGGUUUGGCUCCCAAUUGUAUGUAUCAUUUCUUUCAUAAAUGCUAGAUUAUUUUAAAACGGUAUUCUCCUUAUUUAUUUUAUGAAAUCUAUUAGUUCUUGAUAUGUAACAUUUUAAUCCAAAU